UGUCGCAUUGUGUUUUCUCAGUACAUUAUAGCAUUUUAAUGUAGGGAUUAGUUACGGGCAUCACACUUAUCAGUUAUGUAUUAGUUCUGAGUUCGUAUCAGGGUUGCCACAUUUGGUCAACUGCCGUCCUCGCUUGACAUGAGCAGAAGGGGGUGAUUGUGACUUUCCGACGUGGCAACCUCGUCCACCACCAAUGUAAACAUCCCAAGCGCAGAGCGGUGAGUUUAGCUAGCGCUCGGCUAACCAACUUUCAUGUCCUCAGUAUGUAGUAAGAUUGAUCCACUCUCAGCAAUUUAACCAACAAAAACUCCCAGAUAAGAUUACAAAGGUCAUUUCCGUCUGCUCCUAAACGAUGACGACAACAACCUGACCAAUGGACCGCUGCACGUUCGGAGCUAGAUCAUGAAUAACAAACUAGUCUUCUUGGGCCUGCUGUACUUUGUCCAAGGCAUCCCCUACGGCCUCCAGUCUUCCCUGCUUCCUGUCUACCUGCGUGGAGCUGGCCAUUCCCUGACACGGAUUGGCUUCACCAAGAUGCUCUAUUUCCCAUGGGUCCUCAAGGUGCUUUGGGCCCCUUUGGUGGACAGGAUCGGCACCAAGCGGCGUUGGCUGGUGGCAACAGUGUCUGGACUGGCGCUGACAUGUCUCACCAGUUCUGCUUUGGCUCCAGAGAUGCACAUCUGGGGAGUUGCGGGAACCCUGCUCGCCAUGAACACCCUGGCCUCUGUUCAAGAUAUUGCAGUGGAUGGAGCGGCAGUGGGGCUGUUGAAAGGUCGCGGGGAGCUCGGGCUGGGUAACACAGCCCAGGUCGUGGGCUAUAAAGCCGGCUCGGUGUUCGCUGGAGGCGGGCUGCUGGCUGUGAUCGACGUGGCCGGGUGGAGCUGGAUGUUUAUGCUGCUCGCGUUCGUGUACGCGGGCGUGGCCCUGUUUGUGUGGGGGGCCCCUGUGUUGGAUGAUGAGCCUGCGAGGGGCCAACAGGCAGAUGGCAGCAGAAGAGGAGGACAGGGAGUUGAUGCUUUGAUGCCUUGGAGAGUGUGGAGGAAGCUGCUGGCUGUCCCAGGCACCGCUUGGACAGUCCUCUAUGUGCUCACGUACAAAUUGGGCGAGCAGGGUGCAGUCACCAUGUUUCCCUUGUUUCUGCUGGAUCACCACAUGAGCGCCAGGGAGCUGGGCUUCUGGAACGGCGUCAUCGCCAUGGGCUUCUCCAUCUGUGGCUCGUCACUGGGAGGCUUACUGCUCGCUCAGUUCAGCAUCGGUGCUCUGAUGCGACGUGUUUUUGUCCUGCGAACCAUCAGUAUGGUCUUCCAGAGCUCCUUACUCACUGUGCUGGAACCAUCAGCACUCAUGAAAGAGUCUUAUUGCGCACAAACUCUGGCAGCUCGAGUGAAUAAUUCAGCGUUCGCAGGAGCAGUGACAGAUCAGCUCUGUGGUUCCUCUGUGUUUCUCACCGACACCUCCCUGCGUUUUUCCUCUGAGGAUACACUACAUGUGUUUUUGGGACAAGAAGGUAUGGCCGUCUUGAGUAUGAGCGUUCAACACUUCCUGGGCGGUCUGAUCACCACACUCACCUUCACUACCAUGAUGCAUUGCACUCAGAGGGCCGAGGAGAGCAUUCAGGCGACUCACUACAGUUUCCUGGCCACUCUGGAAGUGUUGGGAAAGCUGAUGUUCAGCGCUUUGGCCGGGGGUGUGGUGGAUUGGUUCGGUUUCCAAGUGGCCUUCCUGUUCUUCCUCACCCUCUCUGCUGGAACAGCCCUGCACGUGUGGACGGCUACUUUUACCGGUGCUCUCAGGGAGCACCAACUCAAAGAGCAGCCCAAAUGAAUAUCACGAUCUGGGCUGUAAGAUGUUAGGCGGCAAGUCCACACGUACACAGGUAUUUCCACGCCGGUGUCAAAAAGAUGCAUGUCCACAUACAAUGUCCACACAAAUGGAUUUGCUGGCUGGGAAGUGCUACUUUGCAGGUAGACUAAAAUAGUGCCAGAGAGUGCCCAAGAAGCGCAUUGGUUGUAUACCUGUGUUCGUGUGGACAUUAUUAGGAGCAUGGAAAGUCUUAAAAUAACUUUAGAUUGGCUGCUAGUAUUCAAACAACCAUAAUUACGCAAUAGAAGCUUCAUACUGUUACAUCUAAAAGAAAGAAAAUAUCAUAUGGGCAUAUUUUGGGAGAUGUCAGGUAUGUAACAAAACACGAUGAAAUUAGAAUUUUGAGAGAAAUUCCUCUGCAAAAACUUUUGAGUUUGGUUUUCAUUGAAUAUCUUAGAAUUUGUGCGAUAAAACCUUUAACAUGAGCCAACCUGCUUGUGAGGAGCGUGAUGGUUUUGUGUUAGGGGUGGCAUGUAGUCCGACUACGCUCACUGUGCUGACAAGUGAGAUCCAGCAAAUUUCAACUGCAAAAAAAAAAGCAAUAUCACAACCCCUCCCUGAGACGCCCAAUGUAUGUACUCUAUAUGAAUAUAUUUAAUUCUCAUGAUAGUUAUGGUUUACAAUUUUAAGCAGGCAGCACGAGUCUACUACCUCGUUUCAACAACGUAUGGUACGACACACAAAAUGUGAACCCUGUUACCGUACUUUAGUCUCAAGUCGCAGACGCACAAUAUAAAUCAACAAGUUGAUUAGUUUUGUAUAAGUUGUCUAGAUGAUGUUAAAAAGGAGCAUUGCUUUUAGAAGCGUUCAGAAAUUGUGCUGUAUACUGUCUGCUCCAUAAGUUUUCCUCCUGUAGCAAAGCUCAGCCUUACGUGCUGCAUGGUGCCAUCUUGUCUCAGUUUUCCGACUGAAAGAAAUCAAACUUUACAAUAAACCGCAAUAAGCCUGUUCUCUGAAACUUGAAAGACUAAUAACACAUACAUUAUUUCUAUUUGUCUGUGUUUAAUUUAAAGAAAUAUGAGUGCACUGUAAUAUGCUGUAUGUCCUAUCACAUAUACUGUAACUAUGGUACUGUAUACAAGUAAUCCUGUUCGAACUUAAAAUAUGAAGUGUUUUCCUCAGUAGUUUCGAAAACAAAUGCAAUUGAAUGUAUUAUAGGAAAGUUAGUCUUAGCUAUAGCCAGCAUUGAUUAAAACAGCCACAUGCUUCUACAAGUAUAAAUCGAAUUGACAUCUACAAAUGAGUAUUAGGGCCACGCUGAAAAGAAAUAGUAUACAUAGACAUUGGCACAAUUACAAGAGGAAAUAUUACAAGUAAAAAAUAUUAUUAGAAUAUUAAGGGAAAACAUGGUUUACCGUAGCGGAAACGUAUUGCAUUUUGUAUCACAACCAGCAAAAUACUCAUUGCUUUGGCACAUCUACUCUAUAAGCAGUUUGAUUUGAAAUGAGCGUACAAACGUUUGUGUUUUAUCGAACUACACAAACGGAAAUCGCCUCAUUUGUUCGCUCAUAAACCUGAAGUGUUUUUAACAAAUAUUAACUAAUAUUAUGGGCCGCACGUGAAUGAGUGGUUAGCGCAUCCGCAAGAGAGUUUUGAGGGUGGGGGUUUGGCCCGUGCCUGCGUGGGUUUCCUCCCACACUCCAAAAACAAGUGCGGUAGAGGUUUAUUAAUUGUUCUUAGAUGCUGUUGGGGCAAGACAGCGGCUGCUGCCCUUAGUUUGUUUACGUGGAAAUUCCGACUUUUUUCAAGUAUCGUACAACAACUUUUAUUACUGUAACUCUGACUUCUCAUCAAUCUCAUACUUUACUUUUUCGAUGUACUUUCUUUUCAUUGUGGCCCUAAUACGCCUUUGUCGAUGCCACGCUUGAAACACUAAUUACGGGUGUACUUCAAUUAUCAUCCUCGGACUACAACACUUGUAGCAAAGCACAUCUCGUAUCUCAGCUACCAUGAGAUUUGCACUAAAAAUAAAGCUGCUGGAUGAAUUGCA